AUGAAGAUAGCGAGACGCUACCUCCAGAAGGGGGAGACCAUCUAUGACACAAAGACCUACGCGGGUGGUGGUCAUCAGGCUACGGUGCAGGUAUCUGCGUUGCCAGGGGAGUGGGGUCAACGAAUGUGGGCUGGUCACGUUUGCAGCACAAAGCAGAAGGCUGAGCAGAGCGCUGCGGAGAUGGCCCUGGAGUCAAUCAAGCAGGACAAAGAACUCAUGGAAGAGGCCGAGAAGCCGAAAGGGGCAGGCAAGGGCGGUGCCAAGGGCAAAGGAAAAGGCAAGGGCGCCCUUUGGAACCCAUGGGAGCUUGGAUGGUGGAAUUCUCGAGGCUCUGACCUACCUCGUAAGCCGGUCCUGACGGAGGCCAUUGUUGGGGAGGUCCUUGAAUGGAAGGACUCGUAUGGCUGGAUCAGGCCUGACGUAGCCAUUGACCACAAGCUUGCCGCCCGACGAGAAGGGAAAGUGUUCGUUGGCAAGACAGAUGCGCUUGAUAUCUCAUUGGCCCCUGGUACCAAAGUCAGCUUCACCGUAUAUGAGGUAGGCCAGUCGCCAGGCCAGUGGGCCUUUGAAGCAGUGCUGCGCAACUGUCUUGAAAGGACAAAUAUCAACUUCGGCGUCAACCCGCAGAGGACUGCUGCCUUUAUGGAGCAGUAUGAGCGACCAGAAGAGCCCCAUGCAGAUGCGCAAAUGAUGCGGUUGGGACUGGACCGCAUGUCCCAACCCUUCAAGACUGUGCAUCAGUACAUCAUGAGGAACCAGGCCGGCCUGGGAGGGGUCUGUGUGUGGGAGACACGGGAUGAGGCCCAGCUCUCCAUGAUCCGCGUGCUGUGGAAUUCUCUGCCUGUGACACCACGGGUGUCCAGCGUGUGCAAGCUGGUGCCACGAUUCUUGAGGGUUUACUUCGACGUUUUGCUCGCCAAUGCCCCGCCAGAGUGUAUUGAGAAGGUUGUGCCGCUGCUCCUGCAGCGUUUUGCUUCUUUGUAUCCCGUGGACUUCUUCCUCAACUCUGUCCACACCCUGAUUAUUGACACGCUGCAGGCAAUCUUCCAGCAGUGGCCAGCCUUUCUCAUGUCGCUCAAGCGGGAGGUGGUGCAUGCGAUCUCCACGCACCUGGACUUGCAAGGCCGGCUCCUGGUCCUUCAUUUGUGCUGGAUCAUCGGGGAACUUCUCAGGACGCCUCCGAUCAGUGACAAUGGCCGUGGCGUUGCUGUUUUUUUUGAAGCCUUGGAGACUUUGGCCUACCAGGCCAUUUCUGUGGGCGCUCAGCAAAGUACAGAGGAAGGAUCAGCUACGCUGGCAAAAAGCGACUGGAGAGGCCUGCCGCCGUCGGACCCACUGCCCCUUUAG